AUUGUUAAUAGUUCACAGAAGAAAAGAAAAAUACCAAAAUCUAAAGGGAACAAGUCUGGAAGAGUGUCAGAUAUGCCCAUUUCACAUCUCGAAGAAGAAGAGAUUGGAUCCAUCGGAAACGGAUCGAUUUCACCGAGAAGUGACGCAUUUGGAAAUAGAAUCAGGAAAAUGUGAAAUUCGUUGCCAUUAAGAGUUUUCUUGAUUUAUUUAUAUAUUUCGGAUUGUUCUUCUCGAUUUAUAAUCUACAAGGUUGAAGAUUACAAGUCCCUCGUUUGGCGGCGAUGAGGGUUUUUCGGUGAUUAUAUAUAUGCAUAUACGUAUAGAGAGAGAAAAAGAGAUUUUUAGAUAUAGAGUGAAAGAAAGAGAUGGGAGAGAAUUCGGGUUACAAGCAUUACGUAGCAGGAUUGGUCUCAGGUGUUUCAAUGGUGAUCGUGGGGCAUCCUUUUGACACUGUGAAGGUGAAGCUUCAGAAACACAAUACUGAUGCUAAUGGAUUCAAAUACAGAAGUGGAUUUCAUUGUACAACUAGAAUACUCAAGACUGAAGGAAUAAAAGGACUUUACAGAGGUGCAACACCAUCUUUUGUGGGAAUGGCUUUUGAAAGUUCACUUCUUUUCGGUAUUUAUUCCCAAACAAAGCAAGCAUUACAGGGAGGAGAUCAUAACAGAAAGCCUGAAUCCCAUAUAAUAAUCCCUUCAGCUGCUUUUGCUGGAUCCAUUAUCAGCUUCAUAUUAUGUCCAUCAGAAUUGGUAAAGUGUAGGAUGCAAAUUCAAGGUACUGAUUCUCUGGUUCCAACCUCACGCAAAUACAGUGGUCCACUUAAUUGUGUGAUUCAAACUGUAAAAACCGAAGGGGUUAGUGGGCUUUUUAGAGGAGGUGUGACGACUUUGAUGAGAGAAGCUAUUGGAAAUGCUGUGUUUUUUAGAAUUGGGAUCAUUAGUGGUGGCCUUAGUGGUAUCGCGUUCUGGUCUGCUGUUCUUCCGCUGGAUGUUGCAAAAACAAUAAUUCAAACUACCCCUGACAAGAACUUAACUAAAAAUCCUUUAGUGUUGUUGAAAUCGAUUUACAGGAGGUCUGGGGUGAGAGGAUGCUACACAGGUUUGGGUCCCACAGUUUCACGUGCAUUUCCUGCUAAUGCUGCUGCAAUUGUUACAUUUGAAGCAGCUUCAAAACUACUUGGAAUCACACGUGAUUGAUAAAUGCAAGAAAUAGCAACCUACUUUCUCCACAUUGCUUUUAUUCAUCAACAUUUUUACACAAGGUUUUUCACAUAUCUUCUAUUCUCUUUCUACUUUUUAUUUUUUCUCUUUUAUUUAUUUAUAGAUUUUAAGGAGGGAUUCUGAUUUAGAUGUCUGCUUGAAGGCAUUGCACAUUCAUAUGAUUUAAAGAGCUCAAUGAUUCAUAGGCUUAAAUUCCCUCAUUUUUUUGUGUGGCUAACAUCUCUAAAGGAAUAUUUGUUAGAGUAAAUUACACAAAUGGUCCCUAUGGUUUGGGGGUAAUUUUCACAUUUGGUCCCUAACUAAUUUUUUUAACUCGGAAGAUCCCUACUGUUUGUUUUUGUUGCGCGCUUGGUCCGUGUCUUACCUAAAAAGACUAUUUUACCCUUUAUUUUUUAAUUUAUUUGAAUAAACACACCCCCAACACCACUUCCACCGCACCUUACCUACCUCACCUUAUUUAAAUAAAUUAAAAAAUCAAGGGCAAAAUAGUCUUUUUAGGUAAGACAGGGGGUAAGCGCGCAACAAAAACAAACUGUAGGGACCUUCGGAGUUAAAAAAAUAAGUUAGGGACCAAACGUGCAAAUUACCCCAAACCAUAGGGACCAUUCGUAUAAUUUGCUAUAUUUGUUAAGGGUUAAAUGCAAGAAAUAGUAAUGUAAUUUUUAUUUAUUUAUGUUUGUUAUAACAUCCUACUUUCAUA